AUGCCUAUUGCAAUGAAUUUUGAUUUAUUAUCAAAUAGUAAUCAUCAUCAAGAUCGAUGUGAACAUAUGAACGAAUGUGAAUCACAUCUUGAAAUAAAACUAUCGAAAUCACCAUUAUCCAAUGGUACCAAUCGAUCAUCAAUAGCAUUUAUUGUCCCGCCCCUUGUCAAACCGCGUAUACGUCAAAUAGUAAAUCGGUCAACACGCAAUAUCGAUUUAGAACGAUUGAGCCGUUGUUCAUCAACAAAUCAAAUAGCUUUACCUAAGGUUGAAAAUGAAAAAUGGUCAGCAUUAGCUUCAUCCAAUGAACAUAUAUUAGUUGGUGGUGGAAGUUCAAGUACAUUACGUCUUUUUGAUUUAAACGGAAAUCAAAUACGACUUAUUGAUAUAAAAACGUUCGGUGCAUUUGAUUUAGCAUGGUCCAGUGUUUUAAAUGCUUUUCUUAUUGCUGGUUAUGAUCGUUUACAAGCAUAUAACACUGAAAAAGAUCAAUUAAUACAAAUAGAAAAUAUAAAUUUAAUUAAUAGAAAAGAUAACUAUUUUUGGUCGAUUGCUUGUCAUGGUAAUGAUGUAUUCAUUGUUUUAUCGGAUGGUCUUGAAUCUGUAUGGCGUUUAUCAUUACCCAGUUUUAAACGUAUUCAAACAUUAUCUGGUAGUGAAAUACGUGAAAGUAAUUCCGACGAUCGAAUCUCAUGCAUACGUACAAAUGGUUAUUCAGUUGGCAUGACAUUACGACAACGUACUACAUGUCAAUGGCGUGUUGAUUUAUUUGAUUAUGCUACCAUGACGCGUACACAUCGUGGUUUAACAAUUGGCUAUGGCAUUGGUGCAUUUAAUUUUAUUGAACGUUGCAUGUUAGCACCUAUCGAUGAUCAUCAAUGGCUCAUUAUAGGCGGAUAUAAAGUAACACCAAAUGCAUUAACAUUAAUGGAUGAUCGAACCGGUGAAGUCAAACAAGUUGAACGACAAUGGGAUCAACAGGAAGAAUUUAUAUCAAAUAUAUGUACCAGUGAAAACAGUAAACAACAACAGAUAAUUAGUAUGAUUAUUAUAGAUAACCUUACUGGGCAACGUCAGAUGCAUGUUAUGCAGCAAUAG